GGACAAGUGUGCCGAACUUGGGAAGUGCAUUCGUCGAUCGUGAAAUAGUGUUUUAAACUCAACAAGAGUGAUGGCUAACCGAAUUGUUGCCGCAUGCUGUUUGCUGCUAUUCGCAGUUGCGGUCGAAUCCGCAAACAAGCAAAAGCAUAAUUUUCGGAUCGUGGGUGGAUUCCCGAUCGACAUCUCUGAGGCCCCCUUCCAAGUGUCGUUGAUGAUCAACGGACGCCACGCAUGCGGUGGUUCCAUCAUUUCACCGAAUUGGGUGCUAACGGCAGCCCACUGCCUCGAUAACCUUUUCAGUAUCCAGAUUGCCGUUCGCGCCGGAUCGACGCUGAAGGAUAAGGGUGGAGAGGUUAGCAGGGUCAGCCAAAUAGUCCGCCACCCGGAUUGGGACCCGGACACGUAUGGAUCUGACUACGCCUUGCUGGAACUGAAAACACCGUUCAACUUGAAUGGAGUAACGAUAGCUUCGAUCGAGAUGCCCGAACAGGACGCAGAGGAUCCGGCACCGGGCUCGAAGGCGAUGGUUUCCGGUUGGGGUGCAACUUUGAACAAAUACCAGUCGAACCGAGUUUUGCGUGCCACUUUUGUGCCGAUCGUUCAACGAAGCGACUGCGAUGCUGCCUAUGGAAGAGAUGUUGACAUAUCGGAACGCAUGUUGUGUGGUGGCUUUUUCCACGGUGGAAGUGACUCCUGCCAGGGCGAUUCCGGUGGUCCAUUUGUGGUAGAAGAUCUGCUGGUCGGUGUUGUUUCAUUCGCAACUGGAUGUGCGAAACCCGGCUAUCCUGGAGUCAACGCUCGGGUUUCGGCCGUGCGUGAUUGGAUACGAGAAGUUAGCGGAAUAUAGGCGGCUUCGCAGAUAAAACCCAUUUCGUUGGGAAUUCUCGUUUUUGCGAGAAUAUUGUUUAAAUAUAUUUAUUA